AUGCGCUUCUUCCGUUGGCAUUUCCUGUUCGUGUCCCUUGUUGGUCUACUUUUCUCGCCUGGUCACUGUAUACAAAAAUUGGAAUCCACGGCUCUCGCUACCUGCCAAGACGACUCACGUUUCUCGGCGAGCCUUUUCAAGGUAGUCUUCACGCCAAACAACAAUUCAGCAAGUUUCCAGAUAGUCGCCACCUCCACCGUCGAAAACUAUGUCACCUUCGAUGUUCGAAUCUUCGCAUACGGAUACCAAAUCAUGCGCAAAGUUUUGGAUCCAUGCAAACUGGACAUUGGACUCUGCCCAAUGCAAGCCAGUAGAUUAACCAACAAGUUUAAUCAGAACAUCGAUCCGUCUGUGCUUAAAGAUCUACCGGGUCUCGCCUAUAGUGUUCCCGACUUGGAUGCCUCCGUCAGAGUCUUCAUCAAUGUGACAAACACCGAUAACUCAAUCGCCUGCCUUGAAGCAAAAAUCUCCAACGGGAAGUCCGUCGACCAACUUGGUGUGAAAUGGGCCACCGCCAUCAUUGCCGGCCUGGCGCUGAUGUCGUCGGCCGUUAUAAACUUUUUGGGGUACUUUAAUGCCGCCGCUCAUCUCGCUGCAAAUGCCCUCUCCCUCUUUGGCUAUUUCCAGAGCCAGGCUGUGCUCGGGCUGAUGGCUGUUCACCUUCCGCCUAUAGUUCAGUCCUGGACGCAGAAUUUUCAAUGGUCUAUGGGCAUCAUUCGCGUCGGCUUCUUGCAGACUAUUGCUACAUGGUAUCAGCGGGCAACAGGUGGUGCCGCAUCUACGGUGUUGGACUCCCUUGCGACUAUCUCGGUUUCGGUUCAGAAACGCGGCAUUUUUUCCAAGCGCGAAAGCGACGAAGCGAGCUUGCACAUCGUCCGUGGCAUUGAGCGAGUGGCCUUUCUAUCUGGCAUCGAGUCAACAAACCUGUUCUUGACCGGUGUCAUCUUCUUCAUCAUCUUUGUCUUUGGUAGUAUUCUGGCUGUCGCCGGCUUCACGGGCAUUUGCCAGCUCCUUGCCAAGAAAGAGACUAUGAAGUCCUAUCACUUCGCCGACUUCCGCAGGGACUGGCGUGUGGUCCUCAAGGGAAUACUUUACCGUGUGGCACUGAUUGGCUUUCCACAAAUGACCAUUCUCCCUCUGUGGGAGUUUACAAGAGUUGAUUCACCAGCUGAAGUUGCUCUGGCAGUUUUAUUCCUUUUUGGCCUUACUGGGAUGUUGGCCUGGGGAGCCAGCAUGGUAAUUCGAAUCGCACAGCGCUCAGUUGUCCUUCACAAAAACCCAGCCUACAUCUUAUUCGCCGAUUCACAGGUCCUGAGCAAGUGGGGGUUCUUAUACAUUCAGUUCCGUGCUUCAGCUUAUUACUUUAUUGGCAUUUCUCUCUGCUACAUCAUGGUACGGUCACUGUUCAUCUCACUUUCGCAGAAAAGUGGUGUGGUGCAAGCCGUGGCGUUGCUGGUGAUAGAAGCUGGCAUGCUAAUCACGGCGUCAGUGAUGCGGCCUUGGAUGGAUAAGCCGACAAAUUCCUUCAAUAUUGCCAUUUGCGUAAUUAACUUCCUAAACGCGAUAUGUAUGUUUAUAUUCACGAAUGUCAUCGGGGUGCCCGGUGUUGUUGUUGGUGUUUUUGGAGUUGUCUUGUUUGUUCUCAACGCCGUCUUCGCUUGCGUCUUAUUGAUCAUGGUCGUGGUUUCGACGACCUUUAUAAUUCUACGAAAGAAUCCUGAUGCACGCUAUCGAAACAUGGGUGAUGACCGGGCGUCUUUCAUAAAAUCGGAUAUAAACAUUGGUAACGUCAAGGAGCUGGAUGCAUUAGCGGCCACGGCAAGGGGAGACGAAUUUCCACCGAUGUUUCAGGUCAAAAAUGGUCCUUCGGAGCAGUCUUUGACGCAAUCAAGGGGUAGUCGAUCACCGGCGUCUUCUCAAUCUGUGUUAUCAAUCCAUCGGGGCCGGAAGGCAUAA